AUGAUUGAUCUGGUUCGAGAGACACGCCUACCGUCUCAUUCAGAAUUCUCUGGAUUCGGUAAUUCCAGUGGCAUUGCUCUCGAUGUCUUAGGGAGUUUACGUACUCAAUGGUUGGAAGAUUUCAAUUGGGGUCAUGAGGAAGCGGCUCUCAACAAAUACAACCAUUUCACUGUCGAAAUUGAAGGAUUAACUAUCCACUACAUUCAUCAGCGAGCCUCCGACGAAAGCUCAAUUCCCCUCCUGCUCAAUCAUGGCUGGCCAGGAUCGUUUUUAGAAUUCUUGCCUAUUGUUAAUGAGCUUACAGAAAAAAGCAAAACAUCCAAGGGGCGACCUGUCUCAUUUCACGUGGUAAUUCCUUCACUGCCAGGGUUUACUUUCUCAUCGCCACCGCCUGCAAACUGGACUAUAGACGACACAGCGCGUGUAUUUAAUACUUUGAUGCGCGAAGUACUGGGUUAUGAUCAGUUUGCCACCUUUGGAACAGACUGGGGUUGUGCGCCAGCCUACAGCCUCUAUGACAAUUUCAACACAUCAACGCGAGCUGCUCAUUUUUCAAUGCUUCCAUUUUAUCCCCUUAGCUCCACGGAACUAGCCGCACAGAAUAUCACCUUAUCUUCUCCAUUGCAGCAGUUCGAACAGCAAAGGUCUAUGGACUGGUUAACUUCCGGAAACGCCUACUUCUCAGAGCAGACUACAAGGGUAACGUGCAAGUCAUCUUCAAAGGAAAAGAUGUGA